AUGCCGUCGUUUAGGACGCGCUUCAAAGGGAAGGCAGUGCGGUUCAGCCGCUUCGACAUUUGUCGUCUCCUUGUCGGCACCUGCGGUCGCUUCGGCGGGCGCCGUGGCCGCCUUCAUGUCCUCGACCUCUACGCCACCCGACGCGGCGACGUUGUCAACGAGGUGGCCGCCUUCGACACCGUUUACGGCGUCAGCGACUGCUGCUGGUCCGAGUCGCACCAGUCCCUCGCCGUCUCCGCAUUGACCGAUGGCACUGUGAAGCUGUGGGACGUAUCACUGCCGCCCGUCCUUAAUCCGGUGAGCUACUUUUGCGAGCACUAUGACGAUGCUUGCUCCGUGGACUGGAACCCCGUCAGCGACUGCUUCCUCUCGGCCUCCUUGGACUCUCAAAUCAAGCUCUGGACCCUUGACCGCUCCAACAGCAGCUACACAUUCCAACGGCACUCCGACAGCGUUUACUCCGUCGCCUGGAACGCCACCGACCCCCACGUAUUCGCCUCCGCCUCUGGCGACCGCACCGCCUGCCUGUGGGACGUCCGCGACAACAGGUGUUUCAUCGUCAUCCAUGACGAAAAAACUCGUCAACUCGUCUCCUGCGGCUGGAACACGUACAACCAGUUCCACUUAGCCACCGCCUCCGGCAGUUCCAUCCACGUCUGGGAUAUCCGGACGACCCGGAGUCCCCUGGUCGACUUCAGCGGCCACGACGACACUGUUUGCCGCAUUCGCUUCUCCCCCCACCAGCCCAGCAUGCUCCUCUCCUGCUCCGUCGACAACACCGUGCGUAUGUGGGAUUGGCGGGAGGAGGCCUCCAUCGCGAGGUACGACCUCCACACCGAUCGCGUCUACGGGAUCGACAUGAGCGUGCAUAUCGAGGGCUUGAUCGCGAGCGCUGGGUGGGACAAUCUCGUCCAUAUCUGGCGGGACCGCCCGGCCACAGCCACGCUUUCACGGUCUCCUUGA